CUCUCCCCUCUCCCCUCACCCCUCCCCACACUCAAGAGAUAGAAUAUCACUGUAAGUAAUAAUAAUUACCUCUUUCCUUCUUUCUUAUUUAGCACAAGCACAUUUGAUAUGGCACCACCUUCUCCACCUCCACCCACAAAGGCCCAGACUCGGUUGAUCCGGCGGACCUGGGAACGAGUGACAGAAAAACGACUGGAAAAGGAUAAUCCAAACGUAUCAGCAUCGUAUGCAUUCGGCAAAGCGUUCUACAAAACAUUGUUUGUACUCGAACCGCAGCUCCAAUCAAUAUUUACAAACACAUUACAACAAGCGCGUGUUUUGACGGGUAUCUUGUCAUAUAUUGCACGAGCGCCAAGCGUCAUGCCGGAGAGAUACAAAGACUUUGCCAGCAUCAAAGACAUGAACUCCUCCAUAUCAUCACCACCACCACCACCAGCAUCAUCGUCGUCAUCUUCUUCAUCAUCAUCAUCGUCAUCGUCGUCGUCGUUAUUAUCAGACAGUCAUCAACACCAUGUGAAACAAGGAGUGGACGAGGGAGACGAGAACGAACUGAAUAAAGAAGAAGAGGCGUGGAUGGCAGAGCGAUUGCAGGAGCUGGGUGCUCGCCACGCAGAUUAUAAAGGUUUUCAAGAAUCCAUGUUUGACCACGUCGGGCCGGCACUCGUCGAGGCUUUGCAAAGGCGCUUAGAUAGCGAAUACGAGCCUCACAUCGGUGAAGCAUGGCUAAAGGCUCAUGAUUAUGUUUCUUUCCACAUGAAGAAAGGCUUAAAAUCCCGGCUGGUCUGGGAAGAAGCCCUGGCUGACGAUCACACUAAACACUAUCAAUACAAAAAGCUCCACCAGCAGCGACGUCGUAGCAGUGGUGCAAGUGCUACUACGGGUAGUGCAGCUAAAGCAAGCAAUUGUUCCAUACAGUAAAAAAAACAGCAAAACUUACCUCUCUCCAUGUGU